UAUAUAAGGUACACCAGUGUGGCAAGCUGUCUCUCAGAUUGCAUUUGCUUUCACGGAUCUGUUUAGUACUGAAAGGGAAAGGGGGAGGGGAAAGGAAAAAAAAAGGGAAAAGCGCUGCACUGAAUGUGAGAUCAUGCAAAAGCUAGCAAUCUAUGUUUAUAUUUACCUGUUCAUGCUGAUUUCAGUUGAUCCGGUGGCUCUUGAUGACAGUAGUCAGCCCACAGAGAACACUGAAAAAGACGGACUGUGCAAUGCUUGUACGUGGAGACAGAAUACAAAAUCCUCCAGAAUAGAAGCCAUAAAAAUUCAAAUCCUCAGCAAACUGCGCCUGGAACAAGCUCCUAACAUUAGCAGGGAUGUUAUUAAACAACUUUUACCCAAAGCUCCUCCACUCCAGGAACUGAUUGAUCAGUAUGACGUCCAGAGAGAUGACAGUAGUGAUGGCUCUUUGGAAGACGAUGACUAUCAUGCCACCACCGAAACGAUUAUCACAAUGCCUACAGAGUCUGAUUUUCUCGUCCAAAUGGAGGGAAAACCAAAAUGUUGCUUCUUUAAAUUUAGCUCUAAAAUACAAUAUAACAAAGUAGUAAAGGCACAAUUGUGGAUAUACUUGAGGCAAGUCCAAAAACCUACAACAGUGUUUGUGCAGAUCCUGAGACUUAUUAAACCCAUGAAAGAUGGUACAAGAUAUACUGGAAUUCGAUCUUUGAAACUUGACAUGAACCCCGGCACUGGUAUUUGGCAGAGUAUUGAUGUGAAGACAGUGUUGCAAAACUGGCUCAAACAGCCAGAAUCCAACUUAGGCAUCGAAAUAAAGGCUUUUGAUGAGAAUGGACAAGACCUUGCUGUAACCUUCCCAAGACCAGGUGAAGAUGGAUUGAACCCGUUUCUAGAGGUCAGAGUUACAGACACACCGAAACGGUCCCGCAGAGAUUUUGGCCUUGACUGUGACGAGCACUCGACAGAAUCCCGAUGUUGUCGCUACCCACUGACGGUGGAUUUUGAAGCUUUCGGCUGGGACUGGAUUAUUGCCCCUAAAAGAUACAAAGCAAAUUACUGCUCCGGAGAAUGCGAGUUUGUGUUUUUACAGAAGUACCCGCACACUCACCUCGUUCACCAAGCCAACCCCAGGGGUUCGGCAGGCCCUUGCUGCACACCCACCAAGAUGUCCCCUAUCAACAUGCUGUACUUCAAUGGGAAGGAACAAAUAAUAUACGGCAAGAUCCCGGCCAUGGUUGUAGAUCGCUGUGGGUGCUCAUGAGGUUGUCGUUAGAUCCACCACUUUGUAUAUUGUGGAAGCUACCAAAAGAAAAAGUUAUACCCCCCUCACCAACCAGUCUUUGAAACUGUGAAGUUACGUAUGCAAGGCAUUGCCGACAUCCUACAUACUGUAUGACAGGCAAUCGUACAGAUUUAGUGCAGCACCAGCUACAGAAUGUGAACUAAAGGACGAUACAGAUACCUGACCUGGCUGGCUUUGAACCAGCGAAACAGAAAAUCUACAAUCGAAAUCACCGGAUUUAACACACAAAGUUCUUACAUUGUGAGGGAAUCAAUAUUCAGUCAUUCAGACGCAAAUUUAUAUGCAGGUUUCAGUACACUUUGGUAAUCAAAAGCAAGCUCCUUCUCACCUGAGGGCAGAAGGAGAGGGCUUUUAAGUCCAUUUCUUCACAGCUUCACUUAAUAUUGUAUUUACAGGAAAAUAUAUACUGGUUACAUAUACACCACUACACAAUACCACCAGAAUCAUCCUUAAACACUUGAAUAUAUAGUGCAGAAUUGUGAAAUGUAUCAGACAAAAUUCCACAUACAUGGACAAAUCCUGAAAUUAGGGAUGGCAUAGUGUAUUUAGCGUGUUUCCAUUCCUUCUUCUCACUAGUAUGUUAGUAAUCGAUGGCAAUGGUGCUACGUAAGCAGGUUGAGUAAAUAGAUAGUUAUCUAAGUGAAAGAAUUUAGAUUAAUAAUGAAUUUGCCCUAUCCUCAGGUACACUAUUCAACAUUCGCAAGAAAUAGAUAUUUUUUAAAUGAAAAGGAAUAGUUUUCUAGACAUAGUAAAACAAAAGGCAGCAGAGAAGUCUAACAUUCAAAUCGCAAUCCCACAUUAUAACCUGCCUUUGCAACAUUACCAUUUGCACUAAGAUAAACCAAUGCAAAUAGUUGGUUGCUACAGAUAUUGUUUAAAAAAAAACACUUUGAUAUAACUGACUUAUGUAAUAUGUAUGCAUCAAUAUUUUGUAAAUAAAUGUUUAUUUUUUAA